AGCAGCUCUUUAGCCCCAGCAGUUCUCCAGCAGGUAGAAUGGAACACAUCAGUGAGUAUCUCUGUAAAUAUAAAGGUCUUGUUUUCACCACUGGGAUGACCACCGCCGAACACAUGGAUUCUCUUCAGAGCUUCCGGAUACGAGACAGCGAUAUCUUUUUGGUGACGUAUCCAAAGUCAGGAACGAUAUGGACUCAGAACAUUAUCACGUUAAUCUGCGAGUCAGAUCUCCAACACAACAGCGACGUUUCCAACAAUCUGAAGAAAAUGCCAUGGCUGGAGUUUCCUGAAGGUCACGCUGAUUAUUCCUCACGGCCGUCCCCUCGUCUCUUCACAUCUCACCUCCCACCCAGACUCAUGCCCCCCGAGCUGAAGGGCAAAAAGGCUAAAAUUGUGUAUGUGAGGAGGAACCCUAAGGACAACGUGGUAUCUUAUUUCCACUUCUGCCAUGCCUGGACUACGCUGGAGACUCCUAAGAGCUUUGAGGAGUUUCUGCAGCAGUAUCUGGCUGGAGAUGUUGCUGGAUCUUCAUGGUUUGAUCAUGUGCGAGAGUGGUACACACACCGACACCAGUACGACAUCCUGUUCCUCACGUAUGAGCACAUGAUCCUGGAUCUCAGGUCUGCUGUGGAAAAGAUCAGCAAGUUCUUGGGUCGAGAUCUGAGUGAAGCUGCUCUGUGUGACAUUGUGGAGAAAACAACCUUCAAGAACAUGAAGAAGGACCCAAAAGCAAACUAUGAGUUUCUUCCUGAAGAUCUGUUACAGAAAGGCCAGUUCAUGCGCAAAGGGAUGUUUGGAGACUGGAAGAACACCUUCACUGUGGCCCAGAAUGAGAUGUUUGAUCAGAUCUAUCAGGAGAAGAUGAAGGAUCUGCCUUUUACAUUCACAUGGGAAUAAAAAGAUGUAGAACUGAUCCUAAUGAUAAUCAUGUGUUUCUGAUCACAGAUAUGAUGAGUGGCAUUAAAGAAUAUUAAUCAUUUAA